AUGAAGCUAAGGUCUUCAAAGGCUUUCCGCUGGGAAGUCCUAAAACAGCAGAGAGAUGUCCUGCUGAAACGCAAUCCGAACCUGGCUUGUGACGGGUGUUUGAGAAAAUCGAGACUUCUUCCUGCAGUGUUCGCUCUUUUUACAAAAGAGGAAUUCGAUCUUCAUGCGGAGGAAGGCAAAAAACAUCACCGGAGUCGGACAAAUGCUGAAAUUAUCUCGCGAUCAAGGGAUGCAACCGGUGGACGGGAUGGUGGACCCGGAGGAGUACGAGAUAGCUAG